AUGCAUUUAUGUGAUUUUUUUAUAGAAUGUGCAUAAAUAGAACAGAAAAUAGAGCAAAACAGAUAAUUCUUAAUUUAGCUACCCACCUUCCAUCCUUAUAAAGCUUUUCUUGAAUUAUAGGAUGGAAAUAACAAAAUUACAACUACUUCAUUAUCAUCCUAUCUAAAGAGUUAAGGAUUAUUGUGUACGGAAUAAGAAUGCUCAAUUUUCAUUUAAAAACCAUUCAAAUAUGUUGAUUUUUUAAGAACAAUACUCCCUUCAGAUUAGACCUUAAGAAAAGUAAUAUCAAUCCAAGAACCAAAACAGUAAUUAUCGCCAGAAACCCAAUUGGCUUUGGCUAGACAUCUAAAUUAAUAAAUUGAUCUCAUGAACUCCUUGAAAACUUCUAAAAAUGUGUUUUUUGAGGGAACAAUUCAAGAUGUUUAGAAAUAUUUUAAAGAUAAUCUUGCCUUUAUUAGUGAAAAGGAAUCAGAAUAAAUCUCAAGAUUUCUUGAUUAAUAAGGUGAUGGAAUCAUUACUACUGCUCCAUUUAUCAAAAAGAAAAGCGAUGAUUACGAUUUUACUUUUUCUACUCCAAAAUAAACAAAACCUAAUUUACAAUCUAUGACUACUUAAAAAAAGAAAGAACACAAACUGACUUACAAUGGAAGAAGCAAUAAAAAGCCAAUUCAAGAUUUGAACAACAGGGACGAUAAUUAUUUAUCAAUUGAAUCUCCCUUAAUUCCUCUGGUAGCUCUUAUGAGAAGAGAGAUUAAGUUAAACUCGCUUAAGAAAAGACUUUUAAGUUAGAAGUCAUUUAAUUUCUUAGAUGCUUUCAAGGCAUUAGAUCGAAACUCAAAUGGUUAUAUAACAAUGCAGGAUUAUGAUACAUUUUUAGAAUAAUAGCCAGGAACUUCGAAGUAAUUAUUUUAAUACAAAACGGAAUUACAAUUUAGUGACUUCUUAAAUUUAAUGAUGCCUAAUGAAAAUAUAUAAAUAUCAAAUAAGCAAUUUGUAGAUAAACCUAUAGAAGAAAUAUUCUCUAAUUCUACUUUGUAAUUAUUCAAAGAGUAUCUUGAGUUAUUGUAAUCACCCCCUCCUAAAUUGAAUGGUUCAAAAGAUCUCUUUAAACUUAUUGAUUCGGUAACAAGGGAUAACUAUAUAAGUUCUACUGAUCUGCAAUAGUAUCUUUACAUGAAUGGUCUCAGAUAUAAUGCUUCUGAAGUAAGCCUACUUAUAAAUAGGUAUGAUCAUAAUGGAGAUGGGAAAUUGUGUUUCUUUGAAUUUUAAGACUUGUGA